AUGAAUUAUCAGUAUUUGCCUCAGCCUAGCCAAAAGUUAAAUAGUGGAUAAAUUAAAUAGUUUCAAAAUAGCCAACCUGUAGGAAGCAAUCACUAAAAUAGCUAUAUUUAGGAUUUAAAUUAAUGCAAAGAACAUCCAAAUGAGUUAAUAACUAAUUUUUGCAGCUGCUUAGAGUGCUUAAAGCCUCUUUGUCCAGAAUGUGUGACUAUCCAUAACCAACAGCAUAAAUAGCAAAGAACAUAUGCAGAAAUCGAAACCAUUCGUAGCGUUAAAUAAAGAUGCGAAACAAAGCUUCUAAGUGCUGUUAAUUUAUUAGAAUAGUAAAUAAAUAACUGCGAAAGAGCUCUUUCUGUUCCUGAAGGAUCUUUGGAUGAUAACAUUUAAAUGCUAAGACGUUAUAGGAAAAGAAUAGAUGAUGUGAUUGAUACACAUUUUAAGACAAUAGAAGAAUAAAUAGUACAAAAUAUGAAAGAGUUAAAAACAAGAAUAACAAAUUUCGAGCCUACGUUUGCUAAAAUGAAGCAAGUCAUUACAGAGUUUUAGAGUUUAUGUUAGCUUUUAAAUUCAAAUGAUUAUGUUGAUAUUGUUCAAAAAAUAUGUUAAAUGGAUGUAUAGCAUAUUAUAGCAAAGCACAAAGGAGAGAUAAAUAAAAUAGCCUCUUCAUUAAGUUAUGAGUGCUUACUCCCAAAAUUGGAUGACGCUCGCGUUUAUUAUCUCGUUGAGGAGUUAGAGAGAGUUGUAUCUGUUAGAGUUGCUGAUGUGUAAGAUUAGCUUUAGAUGAAUUAAUUUGCAUAGAACAGUACAUAGAAAUCUCCUUAAAAAUACUCUCCAUAGUAAAAUAUAUCUAUGAAGUAGUCCAACACAAAUUAUAAUCCUUAGCAAUAGCAAAUUUAUUAAAAUAAUAACAUAAGUAUAAACCAUUCAAAAUCAGGUUAGCAAUUUUAAAGUAUUCAAAAUGAUAACGAGUCUUAAAGAUAAUUUGUUUCAGCCAAUUAAUCGUAGCAGUAAAAGUACCAACAACAACAACAACUUUAAAAUUAAAUGAUUUAGAAUGAAAUUUUUCAAAUAACUGCUAACGAUUACUUUGAUAAGAAGUCUCUGAGAAAGUUCUUGCAUUUCUUUUAGAACGAUGACAAUAAAUUACAUUAUAUAGAUUUAACUGAGUUAGAUAAUUAUGAUUUAAAGGAAACGGCAAAAUCGAGUAAUCCUAGCAAUUUAUCUAGUAAAAGAGUGGCAGGGAUUGAUCAAAUUUAUAACAUUGUAACAAUUGAUCUUAAAAUAUCAUUUAGAAUACCUUCAUUCCACAAAUCUAUAGCUACUCCUAUUGGAGAGCUAUUUCUUACAGGAGGAACUAUACCUGAUGGUCAAAUGAAUAAGAGUGGCUGGAUUUACCAAUAUGAUUGGUAAAAUUAGAGUCUCAUAUAGCUUUCCAGCAUGAAUCAUCCUCGUAGUUCACAUGGUAUAGCAUAUUUAGCAGGUAAAAUUUAUGUCGUAGGAGGUUACGAACACAAACAUGUUAUGACUAAAAGAUGUGAAAGAUUUAAUCUAUUGACUAAAAAGUGGGAAAUGAUAUCUAAUUUGAACUACGCUGCAACAUCUUUGUCCUUGUGCAGCUUCAAUGGAAGGUAUCUCUUCAAAUUUGGAGGAAUAGGAGAAGGAUAUGACAAUCAUCUCCUUAGUCCAUAUAUAGAAAGGUAUGAUCAAUUAACAGAUUCUUGGGAGGUGAUUGAUCCUAAGCUAAGUUAAGUUCAUAAAUUGAAUAAGAUAGGAUUCAACUUUGGUCUGCUAAGUACAUCUGCCUCAAUAUAAAUAAACAAAACAGAUAUAUUUGUUUUUGGUGGUUAUCACGAAGAUAAUUCUGGAUCAAACUAAUCCUUUAUUUUAUAAGUUAUUGAUGAAGAUUAAAAUUAGAAUGAUGAAGAAGAAAAAGGUUACGAUGAUUAACAACAUUAAUACGAUUACUAGGGAUAGAAUUAAAUGUAUAAAAACGAGGUUUCUUCUUAGUAUUUUAUAAAAAACAUUAAUUCUAAGCUUCUCCCUAAUUCAGAAGCAUUUUGGAAUAACGUGCCAAUAAUCUUUAACAAAAAGGUGUAUGCUCUUUAAAACAUAGCAGGAGAAAAUUCAGAUAAUUGCCUUGAAAAUGAAAGAAAAAUAUUAGCUUUUAAUGAACGUGAAUGGAAAGCUCUAAAUUGA